AUGGCCGAGAUCACAAUCACCGGCUUCCGGACCCGCGACGUGCGGUUUCCCACGUCCCUGGACAAGACCGGGUCCGACGCCAUCGCCCACAUGAAGCAGCUCGCCGAGUACAAGCCGUGGUUCAUCGAGGAGCCCACGUCGCCCGACGAC